AUGCAAGUCCAAGAGCCGUUGAUAGUCCACCCACUGUGGGAGAGGAGGUUUCUGAGAGAAUCAUUUGCUGACGGAAUCAUUCAGCCUGCAGCAAAGGACGACAGCAGCUGGAAGAAGGAGGAUGAGUGGCAGAAGAACGACUCGAACGGUUGGAACAAGAAGGACGAGUGGUCGAAGAACGAUAGCAAAGAUGAAUGGUGGAAGAAAGAGGACUCUUGGAAGAACAACGAGGGAGGAUGGAAGCGGUCGGCAGGAGAGCAUGGGGAUCAGACCUCGGCCAAGGCGGCGAAGUGGUGA